AUGGCGCCAAAAAAGGGUCGCGCACAGCAAUUCGCUGACCUGGAAGAGCGCCCAGUCAAAGACUACGAUCCCGAAGCCGAUCAGCCUGCCGAGGAAGACGAUGCUUUGAGCGGGGAGAGCGCUGACGAGUUCGCCGGCACCGAGCACUAUGUCUCGGUUGGCAAGAGCAAGCUCCACAAGAAGGAAGCCCCAUCGCUGGGACCACAAUACCGCGGCGCACGAAUCAGCCGAGCCGCCCUCGAUGAGAGUGACGAUGAUGCGGGCCAAGAUGACGAGGACGACGAUGGCGAUGACUCGGAAGAAGGGUCUGGAUCAGAAGAAUACGACGAUCCGGAGACAGCCGAUUUAGAACGGGACCAUGUCGACGCCGAUGAAGAAAUUGACAGCGACGAGGCAUUCUGCGAAAGCGAUGGCGAAAAGUUUGGCGACUUUACAUUUCGAGGCAGCUCUAAGCCAAAACAAAAUGGUCUGCGAAAAAAGAGACCUGUAGCAGCGGAUUUCUUGUCCGCAUCGGAGGACGAGGACGGAGUACUCGAUGGGGGCGCUGGACUCUCCCCAGACGAGUUCAGCGACGAGGACUCCAAUUCAGAACAAGAUGGCGCUGGAUUUUCUGAUGAAGAAAGCGGCCAAAGUGGGUCCGCGGAAGACGACGACGACGAAGAUGAGGAUGAGGACGAAGAUGUCAGCAGUGACGAGGAAGAUGGGGAUGAUGACGCGCAAAGAGCCGAGCUCCGAAAAAUCAUGAGUGAAGGCCAGAAGAACAUUGUGGCUACUAUGUCACAAGCGGCGAAGGCGGAUGCGGACAAGGGUGUGGCAGUUCGCCAACAGAGGCGGGCAUUCGACUCGCUCUUGAACAUCCGUAUCCGACUACAAAAGGCACUUGUUGCAGUCAAUACACUCAACACGGUGGAUGAGGAUCAGGAGGUCGAGAAAGAGGCAUAUGAGGCUGCCGAGGAGGCCGCCAUCAAAUUAUGGAAUACAAUCGACAAUUUCCGCACAAAUAUCCUUCCGGAGGGCCCUACGAAAGCUGGACAGAAGCGGAAGCGUGACAACAUGUCAGAUAUGUCCAGCCAGCAAAUAUGGGAGGAGAUGGAAGUAACGGAAGGUGCCGCUUCCAAGCAUCGCAAGAGAGUCCUGGAGAAAUGGUCUAGCAAGGUUCGCAGCUCAACAGCUGCCGCGACGACCCGCAAGCUGGGAUCAGCGCCAACACAGUCCCUGAUCGACGUUCUGGAAGACCAACUUCUGAGCUCCGACAGACUAAUCAAACGUACCCAGACGCCUCGGUCUUGUGCUCCGGUUCAGGCUGCGAAGAAGGUCAAUGAAGACCCAGAGAUUUACGACGACGCAGACUUUUACCAGUUGCUUCUUAAGGAGCUAGUAGAGCAGCGGACUACGGACUCGUCAGCUCCGGGAUCCGCCGUUCCCACUGUAAGAUGGGCAGCAAUCAAGGAGGCCAAGACGAGGAAACAGGUUGACCGGAAGGCCAGUAAAGGGCGAAAGCUAAGGUUUACUGUUCAUGAGAAGAUACAAAAUUUCAUGGCACCGGAAGACCGGAGAAGUUGGGAACAGGAUGCCAUUGACAGAUUCUUUGGCACGUUGUUCGGUCAAAAGAUGGAGCUUAAGGAGGAUGAAGUAUCUGACGAGGAAAUGGGCGGCGUGUCUGUUGAAGAAGAGGGAUUGAAACUUUUCAGAAGCUGA